AAACUCGUCGAUUUCGAAUGCAGUUUUCAGACUCAAAUGAACAGCUUGAUGUAGAAAAAUGCCGCGAAUUUGCUGAAAGGAUCUCUGAAUAUUUUCCAAUGAAAGUACUUCCUACUGAAAAGAACUGUAGACAACUGAGUGGUUCUGAGGGGAGAUGUAAAGACACUUUCGAAGGGGAGGUUACUCUAUCUAAAAUAGCCAAGAUUGUGACCAAGGAGGAAGACGCCUCGUUCCCAGCAGCCUAUCAAAAGUGUUGUAACAUACCGAGCGACAAAUUAGAAUUCAUCUUACGCCUGUGUUUAUCAGACCCGACAUUCCCAGCAUUUGUUGAGGAAGUUGAAGAUAAGUUGAAUAAAAUCAAAGACAUUUGAACAACAAAUACUAUAUGAUAUAACUAUAAAUUAGUUAAUUGAAUCAGC